UUUCAAAAUUAAGGAGUGGAGUGGUUCUGCUGCUGUGUAAAUCAACACUCUACUCAUCACCACCAAAACACAUAUCAUGGCCUUUUUAACGGCUGUCAAAGAAACAUUAGACCACGGAGACCCUUUAGUUCGAACAUGGCCUUUCGUGAGCUCAUAUUACCUCCCAUUCGUCUUAACAGCUGCGUAUGUAUUCUUCGUCAAAAGGAUAGGCCCAGCACUCAUGAGAAACAGAAAACCAUUCCAUUUGAGAAACUUAAUGAUAGUGUAUAAUUUUUCGAUAGUAUUUACAUAUACUGCUUGUCUUUUAACGCUCAUUUACUUCUUCCUCACGACAGAUUCAUACAAGAAAAUUUGUGUCCCGACGGAAGUUCGGAAAGGGCAUUACUCUUAUUACGCCACAUCUACUGGAUGGAUCAUUUAUAUGCUGAAAUAUAUAGAAUUUGCCGAUACGAUAUUUUUCGUAUUGAGGAAAAAAGACCAUUUAAUCACAAAUCUUCAUGUUAUACAUCACAGUGCCUUGCCCAUCAUUGCCUGGGUCAUGAUGCGAACUGAAAGAAGUGGGUUCCAGUUCAUUCCGGGUUGUGUCAACUCUUUCGUGCAUAUUAUCAUGUACACGUACUACGGCUUGGCAGCUAUGGGUCCCGAAGUACAGAAGCAUCUGUGGUGGAAAGAGUAUUUGACUCGCCUACAAAUGGUACAAUUUAUCGUCGUUCUCGUUUUCGUCUUCUUCAUCAUUCCACUCCUGGGCUGUAAGACGCACAUUUACGGCAUCUACAUCGACAUCGUAUUCGCCAGCCUCUUCCUAGUGCUCUUUCACAACUUUUACACGAAAACCUACAGGAAGAAGCACGACCCGGAAAGCAAAAACGGAGCCGUGCACGAAAACGGGAACGGAGUCGUGUAUGAAAAUGGAAUGGGAAAGGCUAAUGGUUUCGCUUCGGAGUACAGAAAGAACGGAGUGGAGAUGCAUGCGAAGAGCAGCUGAUGAAAGCUUUGUGUGUGUAUUUACAAAUUAAAAAAAUAAUUUUU